AUGAUAAGGGUUACUCCGGAAAAGUGGAAGGAAUAUAAGGAGUUCUACAUAGGUUAUAAAAGGGACAUUUUGAAUAACCUUGUGACAUUGGAUGGUCGUCUGCAGAACUGGGCUCCGUGGGAAGGUGAUGAACCUAGUGGAGGUCCGCAGGAUACCUGCGUUUCGUCGUUUAACAGAGAUGGUACUUUCUGGGAUGAAGAUUGUACUUACACAUACCAUGCUAUAUGUCAGUGGCCAAAAUUUCUUGCCAAAUUUUGGGAUGCAACAACAACGAAUGUAGCAGCAACCGAAAACGAGACUACAACUGCCACAACAGAAGCAUUAUCAAAUAAAAACAAAAUUGAAACUACCACCAGUGACGUCACAACAGAAAAUAUUAGACCUGUAACAACAGCACAUAAUAUGGAGGUCACAACAGAUCAAUCUUGUCGGUGUAUUUGCAAAUCAGAGAACGUCAACACUACUAUAAGUGUAGAAGAAAAAGCUGAAAUAGCAGCAAACAUUUCAAAGGAACUUUCUGUAAAUAAAGAGACUUUGUCGUCAACUAUUCGAUCAAAAACAUCAGCUAAAGACGACAGACCAUCUUCUGCCAGUAUAGGAUAUAUAGGAGUGAUACUAUUAGUCACUGUCUUUGGUGGACUUAUUAUUUUAGAUAUUCCUGGUUUCGUGACAAUUGUAAAAUUACGAUUUUAUGAUUUGAAAAGGUGUUGCCAAAUAUUCAAAUCGUAAUAAAUUCAAGUAACUGUCUCAUGCAGUCUUUAUGUACAUCAGGGU